UAUUCCUUUCCAAGGGUUUUGCCUUUGCUUUUGCGUUUGUUCCCUAUUUGAUUCUCAACCUCUCUCUCUCUCUCUCUGCCUUUUUAUUGUUUCCCUCUUCUCCAAAUUCCUUACCUUUUUUCGCAUUUUGUUUCACUUCAAUUUUCAUUGGUCUUCGACUUUAACCCUUCCUUCCUUCUUCUACAAAUUAGGGUUUUAUUUUCAAUUGGGUAUUUUUUCCUCCGGGGAUAGUUUCCUCGAUCUGCGUCAAUAACUCUGUGACAAUGCCUCCGAGGGUAGUGAAGAGAGGCGCUGCAGCGAAGAGGGCGUCGAGAGGAUCCUCGAAGGCUGCACCUGAUAACCAGCGUGAGCCAGAAACUGCUGAAGUGGAGGCGAAAAAUCAUGCAGAAAAUUCAGCUGUUGAUGUUGGAAUGGAAGAAAAACACUUUGACGUGGACCAAGAGCUUCCGGAAGCCCCAAAUGGGUCGGCUAAGGUGGAAAACAAUGAAGAGGAGGUUAAGGAGUCUAUAGAUGAAUAUGAAAAAGGUGAACAUUUAGAUUUAGAGGAUAAUUAUCCUGAGUAUGAAGCAGAGGAUUAUGGUGGUGUUGACUAUGAUGAAAAGGAAAUUGAACAAGAUGGUCAGGAUGAGGCAGAUGAAGUAGAGGAAGAACCUGAAGAGAUUAUAGGUGACGAAGAGGGUGAUACAGGUGAUGAAGAAGUUGAAUAUGUUUACGAAGAAGUUGAGGAUGAUGAUGAUGGUGAACAUGUUGGUGAGGAGCAUGAGCAUGCCCAGGUGCCCGACGUGGUGGAAGAGGAACACCGCAAAGUUGUAAAGGAGAGGCGAAAGCGUAAGGAAUUUGAAGUAUUUGUCGGGGGACUAGAUAAGAAUGCUACUGAGCAUGACCUGAAGAAGGUUUUCAGCAAAGUUGGGGUAGUUACUGAAGUCAGGCUGAUGAUAAAUCCCCAGACUAGAAGAAACAAGGGAUUUGCAUUCUUGCGUUUUGAAACUGUUGAGCAAGCAAAAAGAGCUGUGGUGGAGCUAAAAAAUCCAGUGAUUAAUGGUAAACAAUGUGGUGUUACUCCAAGUCAGGACAGUGAUACUCUCUACUUAGGUAACAUAUGCAAGACUUGGAAAAAGGAAGCUUUGAAGGAGAAACUAAAACAUUAUGGAGUAGAAAAUGUGGAGGAUUUGACUUUAGUAGAAGAUGAUACCAACGAGGGGAUGAACCGAGGAUUUGCAUUUUUAGAGUUUUCAUCUCGUUCAGAUGCUAAGGAAGCCUACAGGAGAUUGCAAAAGAGAGAUGUUGUGUUUGGAGUUGAUAAGCCUGCGAAGGUUUCCUUUGCUGAUUCCUUUAUUGAUCUGGGUGAUGAAAUUAUGGCACAGGUUAAAACUGUAUUUAUUGAUUCACUACCUCCGUCAUGGGAUGAAGAUUAUGUCCGGGAUCUUCUCAAGAAAUAUGGAGAGAUUGAAAAAAUUGAGCUUGCUAGGAACAUGCCAGCUGCACGCAGGAAGAACUAUGGAUUUGUUACAUUUAGUACACAUGCUGCUGCUGUGGAAUGUGCUGAUAGCAUAACUAGUGCUGGGUUAGGUGAAGGUGACAGAAAGGCAAAAGUUAGGGCUAGAUUAUCACGGCCUCUUUCAAAACCUCUUCAGAGAGGCCAUGGGAAACACAAUAACCAUGGGACAGACUUUCGUUCUCGCAACUCUGGAAGAUUGGCAAGACCUUCACGUGGUCGACCUGCUCCAUCUAGUUAUCCUACCCGUGUGGUUAGAGGCAUUGGAAGUCGUGCUCCACCAGUUAGACCUGUUAGUGUUAGAAGUAGACGUCCUGUCACAUCCAUGCUAGAAAGAGACAGGCCAGUUGCUCCUCCAGCUAGAACCUUUGAAAGGAGAUUGACUGCUCCUGCAUAUUCAAAAAGUGGCAUGAAAAGAGACUAUAGUCGACGUGAGGAUCUGCUGCCUCCAAGAAGCAGAGUUGCUGCAGAUUAUGGCUCUAGGAUAGCAUCUCAGAGGCACACAUCUUAUAGGGAUUAUCCUGCCCGUGGUUCUGACUACCCUGAGCUACAUAGAAGUAGUUCUCGUGCUGCACCAAAGAGGGGUUAUGUUGAUGAUGGCUAUGGCCAAAGAUUUGAGAGGCCUCCUCCUCCCCAUCUAAGUUAUCGAGAAGGACGACCCCGUGACUAUGAAUCUAUAGCUGGCUCAAAACGUCCUUAUACUGCUAUAGAUGAUGUUCCUCCACGGUAUGAUACUGGUGCUCGCCAAUCAAGAUCCCGUUUAGAUUAUGAAUAUGGAAGUAGUGCUCCACAGUAUGGAGAUGCUUAUCGUGAUAGACUUGCAAGAUCUAGUCUGGGAUAUAGUGGCAGCAGAACUUCCAUUUCCAGUCAAGAAUUACAUGGGACGUAUGGCAGUCGACAGGGCAUAAGUUAUGGUGGAGGUUCUUUUGGUGGUAGUGAUGGUGGUAUGUACACAUCAAGUUAUGGUGGUGAUUACGAAUCUCGUGGAAGUGAUGUUGGAGGCCGCUCAUAUUCAUCCAUGUACUCUGGUAGAGGUGUGGGUGGCGGUAGCAGCAGCUAUAUGGGUGGUGGCGGCGGCUCUGGGUCUUAUUAUUGAGUGAAUUUGUCUAUGAACAGAUCUAAAUACAUCAAAAAGACUGCUGUAGGAUGUGGAAUGUGAAGCUUAUACUCAAUAUGACGCCCUACCAUUUGGAGCUGAGCAUUACUAAGUAAUUGCCUGGUUUAGGAAUGUCACUAAUUGAAGGGUUAUGUCAAUUCAAGUCUUCUCUCGAUGGACAAGACAAAUUCCUACUUCUUGAAUUUGUGCUGUAAGCUGAAGUUGAUUAUAAUGGAAAGAGAAAUGCUGAGCAUAUGAUGUAUAAUUUAACUUCGUAUUAUAAGGUUCCCUUAUGGGUGGGAAAUGUGAAAGAUCACACUCCAUGUCCUGUACAAUUGGAAAGAACCAAGGCCCUGGAUAUUACUUUUUGAUUACGGAUUAUUGGAUUUUUUCCUGCUGUCAUAAAGUUGGUUUUUUUCGUCACAACAGAGAUAUUUUUCUUUGGAAUGAUUAUAUAUUCGCCAGUGGUAUGAUCACGAACAAGAAUGAACUACGCUGCACAUUGUGGAGCUACCAUUGAUAGUAGUAAUAUGAGCACUACUUCGGCAAUAAAUAAAGGAAAGUUUACGAAAUAGUAACACAUCCUAGAAAGCAUGAUGAACUGAUAGUGUGUUGCUGGAGUGUUUAACAUGAUAUCUUGUACGGAGGGGGAGUACAAGAUCCAAAUGGAGCAUUAUAUAAUUUUCUUUGAGAUC